GAGCGUCUGAGAAGGUUCAUCUCGAACUUAAGUGCGUGUGUCUAGUCUAGUCUUGGGCCUUAGAUUCGAACAUUGUUGAACGAAUUUUGUAAAGUGUUCAAUUGUAUCGUGGAUAUAAAUUAAGGAUGUCUCUAAAGUAUGAUGAUAAAAAUCAUCCCUUCAUCGACCUUGGCAAUGGAUUCCAGAUAAUCCUCUUCGAGGACCGGUGCAAACACGGAAAGGAGUUCGAAUCGAAAGCCCGCCUAGCCAUUAACGAAACUCCCGAGAACGUGAAAAACGGGAUGGAGGAAAUUCGUAGAUUGGUGGCAGCUGACGGAAGGUUUAACUUACCCUUCGAAGACGAUUGGUAUGUGAAUACGUACCUGCGAGUGGGUGAGUACGAUCCACAGGAGACGUACAGCAUAUUGCAGGCCACUGGUGCUCAGAAGGCCAAGAACUGGGAGUACUUUGGAAGUGUGGCUUCGAUUCGGCACGUCUUCGAUGAAGGUUUGGUGUGGAUAGUCCCCGAACGGGAUGAAGAUGGGGCUGUGAUUAUUGUGGUGGAAUCAGGAAAAAAAUGGAAUCCAUCUAAAGUGUCACUGGUGCAACUCAACACUGCAGUCAACGCCGUGGUUUCGGUGCUCAUGCAAAGUGAGGAGGCGCAGCUGCACGGCUACAAAAUGAUAUUCGAUGUGGAUGGUCUCUCAAUGACCCAAAUAGUGCAGUUCACUCCACACUCAACUGCCAUCAUGCUGGAUUUGAUGGAUAGAUGUUCACCCAUCAGGGUACUGCACGCACAUACGAUUAAUAACGGAAUGGUGUACAACGUACUGUUUUCGAUCAUGAAACCUUUGAUGUCGAAGAAAAUGCGCGAAAAGCAGAUUAUCCAUGGUCGGAACAGGGCCUCACUGGCUAAGUACAUUAGCCCGAAGGUCUUACCGCCAAGGUACGGGGGAACCUCGAAGGCACCUGAGUACGAUGGUCGCCUCUUGGGAGAUCUAAUGAUGCACUACGAUGAGUGGAUGCAAAGUAUGUACCAAUAUCGAUAGGAAAUGCACAAACACGGCUUCAAGCGGAAAAACAGCAAAGGCGAAUAAUAGUCAUAAUUGUGUAUUUGUCUGUUGUUUGUACAACUCUAGGGCCUUUGUAAUGAGUAAAGGGGUUUUGGAACAAAUAUGUACAGUAAAUUACGUACUAUUGACAGGAAA